AUGUGCAUUGGCAGGAAGAAGGGAGGGCAAUUAACGACUCUAUCAAUGCACGGCGCCUCGAUCAAUCCCGAGCGCCCAAAUUAUACUCGCUUCGUGGACGAUGUAUGCACCGUUACGGACGUCCCCGAGGACUCAACAGGAUCAGAAGGUUAUAUUCGUGUGGACACCGAGAUGUGCUCGAUAGGAGAAUCGCAGGAAGCCAGGAUGGACUACCAGAGGAUAUUUAAUAGUGUUGAAGGAACAUCUUUCUAUGUGAGGCUGCGCAGAUCGUCCAGGUUUUACCAUCUUGAUAAGCUGAAGCCAAUUGCAAUGCAAAAGCUCAACUUACCGCAUUGCCAACGGGACGGGAUGUUCGUGGGGACUUUCGAGAGCCAUAGCCCUGAUCCUUGGAGAGUCGACGUCCAGGAGUUCAACUGUCGGGCUUCCCGGCGGGGGUUGAGCAAGCUUACUGGUCGGGACCGUCCCGUUCGACAGCUCAAAGCAAUCUUCAAAAUCAAGAGAGAGAAUGGUGAGUGGGAGACUGUACCUAUUCUGGGAACAGUGAACAACAUCAUGAAACUGGACACUACUCGGGGCCAUGGUGCUGACGCAUCUACAUGGACACAAGCGGAAGCAUUUUUCUUCGAAUUCUAUUCCCGGAACGAGUUCUUUGAUGCCGUCAUGAUCACUUCCGGAGGGAAACCUGUGAUGCUGUUCGAUACGAGGAUAAAACCCCAACAACAACUUCAACACUUGUGA